GAAGGAAAACAAGUGCAAUAAAUGGAAUGUUAAAUUCAUGUGGGUAAUAUGGAUAAAAAAGACGUGGCUCAUUUUUUGCGACCAAAAGACGAAAGUGUUGUCAACGACAAUUAUAUGCAGAUUGGGUCUUAUAUUUGGCUGUAUAAUUUUCGGACUUGUUUCAGAUAAUUUUGGAAGAAAACGAGCUAUUACAAUAGAUGUCUUCGCAGACUUCGGUUUCCGGCUUAUUUUAACAUUUUGCGAUACAGAAAGCUGGUUUAAUCUGUUAAUUUUCUUGAGAUCGCUUUUUGCGAGUGCAAACAUUUAUACGGGCCUUGUAUUAAUAUCUGAAGUAGCUAGCAGCGCUUGGCGAACUUCUUUAAACGCGAUCGUGUCCACCCCACGUCUUCUUGCCAGCAUAUGCUUAGUGCCCUUAGCGAACACCGCCCCUAAUCUAGAAACCUAUAACUCCAUUGCUUGUAUCUUUGACGUAUUACUACUAUUCCUUCUAAGACGGACCCCAGAAUCACCUCAAUGGCUCCUCUAUAACAGAAAAAUUACUCGAGCUGAAAAAAUAUUACAAAAGGCUGCGAAAAUAAAUAGAAUCAAUGUUUGCAGCAACUUCAAAAUAAGACCAGUCAAUCACAGAGCCUAUGAUUGCUUAGAUGAGAGCCAGACAUGCCUGGGUAUUAUCACCAAACAUAACAUAAGAGUAUUAUCCAUAUCAAUGCUAGUAUUUUGGAGUUUGUACUAUUUUUUAUGGAGUUCUUUAUAUAUUCGAAUAUACUCUAAGCAUGAACAGUAUAUAUUGUUAAAACUGCUUACGAUUAUAUCUGCAAUGAUUUUAAUUAAUUCUCUUUUAUACAUAAAAAUGAGGUUAAAAUCUUUACUUGUUUUAAACAUAGGGUUUUUAGGUGCAUGCAACAUAUUACUUGUUUCUAUGGGAUGGUUUAAAGUAAAUCACAUAAUAUCUGAUGUAUUCACCUCUGUAUCCUUAGCGGCUGGUGUGUUAAUACAUGGACUAAUCCUAAACAUUACACCGCGUUUAUUUGCAAUAAACGUACGUUGUACUUUACUCGGAUGCUGUCAUGCCAGUGGACAAUUGGGUAGUAUUAUUUGCUACCUCACAGUAUACUUUCAUGCUUUUGAAGAUAUUGUACUGAUUGUAAUAGAAACUGGACUAGCCAUUGGAUUAUUACUUUUAUGCUACAUGAUUCCUGACGUAGAUAGAAGGGAACUACCAGAUAUUAUGGAAGAUAUGGAUUAUUUUUCAGAGUUAUCAAAACCUCUUCGAUGGGCGACUCAAAAAACAAAUUCUCCAUCAAAUGAAGAAUUAGAGAUAAGAGUCUACUCAUUCGGCAGCACGGGACAAAAUUAUUCUGCUAACAAUCGUCACAAUGAACGACUUCCGGCUCAAAGAAUUGGAUUCAGACAAUUCCUUCUACCAUUAUUUCAAAGAUUUAUGAAGAAUACUCGGAGAAUAUUUCAAGUUUAAUAGUUAUGAGUACUUGACUAU